GCAGGAGCCGGCACGAGCCGAUGCGGCCCGGGCACUUUUAGCCGGGCAGAGGGGCCGGAGAGCCGCGAGAGCGCCGCGCCGCCCCACCGCCGCCUGCACGCGCCCUGGCCGUCUGCCGCGAUGGAUCUAUUCGACUUUUUCCGGGACUGGGACUUGGAGCAGCAGUGUCACUACGAACAGGAUCGCACUGCCCUUAAAAAAAGGGAGUGGGAGCGAAGGAAUCAAGAAGUCCAACAAGAAGAGGAUCUCUUUUCUUCAGGCUUUGAUCUGUUCGGCGAGCCCUACAAGACAAACAAGGGUGAUGCCCUUGCCAACCGAGUCCAGAAUACGCUGGGAAAUUAUGAUGAAAUGAAGGAUUUGCUAACUAACCAUUCUAAUCAGAAUCAUCUAGUGGGAAUCCCAAAGAAUUCUGUGCCCCAGACUCCCGUCAACAAAAAUGAAACCAGUUUUUUUCCAGAACAAAAGAAUCGAAUGAUCUCAUCUCACCAAGACAACACUCACUCCUCCUCUUCAGCACCAAUGCCUCCACCUUCUGUUGUAAUACUGAAUUCAACUUUAAUUCACAGCAACAGGAAAGCCAAACCAGAGUGGCCACGAGAUAAUCAUAAUGCUAAUGUUCUAUCAGCCAACCAGGCUGGUAUUCCGCCAAACAAAAUGCAGACAUCUACCCAGGAGCAGCCCCCAGCCAGACUGGAAGACUUCUUUGUCUACCCAGCAGAACAAUCUCAAGUGGGAGCAGUCCAAGAUUCAAAUCCAUCUACAAAGGAAGAUGGUGCUCUCAAGACCAGUGGAGCAGAAGCUUUCAAAGAAAUCUUUCAGUCCAACUCACCCGAAGAAUCUGAAUUUACAGUGCAAGCACCUGGGUCUCCCCUAGUUGCCUCCUCCUUGUUAGCUCCCAGCAGUGGUCUUUUGGUUCAAAAUUUUCCAACAGGGCUCUACUGCAAAACUAGCAUGGGGCAGCAAAAACCAACUGCGUAUGUUAGACCUAUGGAUGGCCAAGACCAGGCCCCGGACAUUUCUCCAACACUGAAGCCGUCUAUUGAGUUUGAGAACAGUUUUGGGAAUCUGACAUUUGGAUCACUCUUGGAUGGAAAACCCAGUGCUGCCAGUGCAAAGACAAAACUGCCAAAGUUUGCGGUUCUCCAAACAAACGAAGUGAGCCUUCCCAGUGAUCCAAGCUGUGUGGAAGAAAUCUUACGGGAGAUGACCACUUCCUGGCCUCCUCCACUCACGGCCAUACAUGCUUCAGGAAACUCUGAGCAGAACCCAUUUUGCACGCCAGCACAGGAACCACAACAUCUGAACCCAGGAUUUGCCUUACAAAAGUGGAGUGACCCAACCAGCAGAGCUUCUACAAAGAUGCUUGAGGAUGACCUGAAACUAAGCAGCGAUGAAGAUGACCUUGAGCCAGUGAAGACGUUGACAACUCAGUGUACAGCCACCGAGCUCUAUCAGGCUGUUGAAAAGGCCAAACCUAAGAAUAAUGCUGUGAACACACUAUUGACCUCACCUUCAUCUCCACCUGCAAUGCAAGGUUCUGGGGGAGCAGGCAGUUCCAGUGACUCGGAGAGCAGUUCAGAGUCGGACUCUGACACUGAAAGCAGCACCACGGACAGCGAGACCAAUGAGGCUCCUCGUGUGACCACUCCAGAGCCUGAUCCACCCUCAACAAACAAGUGGCAGUUGGAUAAGUGGCUUAACAAGGUGACAUCUCAGAAUAAGUCCUUUAUUUGUGGUCAAAAUGAAACACCCAUGGAAACGAUUUCUAUAGCUCCACCAACCAUCCAGCCAAUGGAAGUUCCCAUCAAAAUGAAGACAACCCCCAGCCAGGCCCUGCCUGAACCCAAAGAACGGCCUCUUAUGGGACUUAUCAGGGAGAAAGCUCGCCCACGGCCCACCCAGAAGGCUCCAGAAACAAAGGCUGUGAAGCACAAGUUGUCUGUCUCACUGGACACAGUUUCCCAAAGGACAACUGGGAAAAAACAGCCCAAAAAGAAUGAGAAGAAUACCAGCCUUGAGGAGAUGACCUGGCCCAAACCAAAUAUUCCCAGCAGCACUCCCAAAGAGAAAGAAAGCCUAGCCCUGGAGCUUCCUGAGCCCCCUAGAGGCCGCAACAAAACCACUGUCCACAAGCCUGUGCCAAGGAAAGAACCCAGGCCCAACAUCACCGUGGCUGCUGAGAAAAAGAAAUACAGGGGGCCUAGCAAGAUUGUGCCAAAGUCCCGUGAAUUCAUUGAAACGGAUUCGUCGACAUCAGAUUCGAACACUGAUCAGGAAGAGAACCUGCAGGUCAAAGUCCUGCCUCCUUGUGUUGUCCCUGGGGCUCAUCCUGCCAAAUCCAAGGAGACCAACCUGUCCCUGGGCACCUUACUCAAUCACAGCAGCAGCAGCAGCAGCAGCAACAUACCCAUCAAUCAUGAGGAGCCAAUUUUUUCACCGAGCCCUCUUGCACAAACCGAGCUGUUAUCUCCUCUGCAAGAGCCCGAACAUCCAAAAAAUCUCUGGGUAAAGAUUGACCUCGGCUUGCUUUCUCGAGUUCCUGGCUCCAACUCAGCCCAAGCAGCUGCAGCCAAGCCAGACCACAAGGAAACUGCCUCAAAACCCAGGCGUCCAUCUGCAGCUGCCUCUGCCACCAGUGCCACUGCUACUGCUGCUGAAAGACCUGCCACCAAGGGCAAACGCAAGCACAAGCCAACAGAAGUUGCCGAGAAGAUCCCUGAGAAGAAGCAGCGUGUGGAAGAGAACACUAUCUGCCUGCUCCCUCCUUGCAUCUCGCCAGCUCCACCCCACAAGCCUCCUAACACUAAAGAAAACAAUUCAUCCAGGAGAGCAAAUAGAAGAAAAGAAGAAAAGCUGUUUCCUCCUCCACUUUCCCCUCUGCCAGACGAUCCGCCACGCCGCAGGAAUGUCAGUGGCAGUAGUGGCCCCUUCAGUCAAGACAAAAGCAUUCCUAUGAUUGGACAGAUCACCUCUACCAAACCUAAGAGGAAUGAAGGCAAAUUCUGCUCAACUUUCAAAGGGAUACCCAUAAAUGAUGGAGACACUACCAGAAAGACAACUUCGACCAGCGUUGCUGUCAGCAACCCUGCUAUUACCGCUGCCAUAAUCAAUUCUACUGCCCUCAUCUCAGCCCCUGUCACAGCCACUGCCACCACUACUGCGACAGCCACUACGACAACUACUACCACUACCAUUUCCACCAUAACCUCCACCAUCACCCCAGGCCUCAUGGACAGCAGCCACCUGGAAAUGGCGACCUGGGCAGCCUUACCCCUGUUGUCAAGCAGCACCACAAAUGUUCGACGACCCAAGCUCACUUUUGAUGACUCGGUUCAUAAUGCUGAUUUUUACAUGCAAGAAGCUAAAAAGCUGAAACACAAAGCAGAUGCACUGUUCGAGAAAUUUGGUAAAGCUGUGAAUUAUGCGGAUGCAGCCCUGUCGUUCACCGAGUGUGGCAAUGCGAUGGAGCGUGACCCACUGGAAGCCAAGUCUCCUUAUACCAUGUACUCCGAGACUGUGGAGCUGCUCAGGUAUGCAAUGAGGCUGAAGAACUUCGCGAGUCCCUUGGCUUCGGAUGGAGACAAAAAGCUGGCAGUCUUGUGCUACCGAUGCUUGUCACUUCUCUACUUGCGAAUGUUUAAACUGAAGAAGGACCAUGCUAUGAAGUAUUCCAGAUCACUGAUGGAAUAUUUUAAGCAAAAUGCUUCAAAAGUCGCUCAGAUACCAUCUCCCUGGGUGGGCAAUGGAAAAAACACUCCAUCACCAGUGUCUCUCAACAACGUCUCUCCAAUCAACGCCAUGGGCAAUUGUAACAAUGGCCCCAUCACCAUUCCUCAACGCAUUCACCACAUGGCUGCCAGUCAUGUCAACAUCACAAGCAAUGUGCUCCGGGGCUAUGAGCACUGGGACAUGGCAGACAAACUGACAAGAGAGAACAAAGAAUUCUUUGGAGAUCUGGACACGCUCAUGGGGCCUCUGACGCAGCACAGCAGCAUGACCAAUCUUGUCCGUUACGUUCGCCAGGGACUGUGUUGGCUACGCAUUGAUGCCCACUUGUUGUAGUGGGUGCAUCCCAUUUCUGGUAUCACCACUCAUUACUCUACCUCUACCAGAUCACCAAUGGUCACUGGUGGAAUUUUACUCAUUUUGAAAUGUUCUCUCUGAGUCUGUUUAUUUCAAUACACUUUUGAGAUCUGUGAACAACAGAGGUAGCAGAUGUCAAUGGAAGUGGACACUACAACUUGAGAGCAAUGUAUGUUUCAUGACCGUCAUUUUUUUAGUAUUUUCUAUGCAGCAUUAGUCAAAUCCUACCAUUCUUUUGUGCUGAUAAAAUGAUACAUUCAUUCCCUCCAGUGUUGCUUGAAGUCCACACUACCCAAAACAAAGAAUGGAAAGUACUUGUGAUGAUAACAGGUUCCUGAACAAUGACAUUAUAUACACAUUUACAUACAUGUGUAUGUAUGGUCUUAAAAUUAGAGGACCUGCAAGAUUCCAAAUUUCGGCACUAACCAUGCCCCAAACCUUAAUCUUAUGUCCAGAAAAAAAGCAUAUUUCAGAAUCCAUUCUUAAAAUUUCGUUGUUCCCACAAACUCAGUCUCAGGUGAGAAUUUUCAUUGUUAAAACCCAGUGGUUAAACAUAAAAUGAAGAGUAUUAGAGAAAUAAAUGAGCUUAUCUAGGCCACUCUUCGAAUGAGACUAUGGCACACAACCAGAGGGGUUUUUUUGGUUUGGUUUGGUUAACAUUACUUUUUUGAUUCUCUAUUUAAAAAUUGUAAUGGGGUCUGAGAGAUAGUACAGAGGGUAGGGUACUUGUGUUGCAUGCAACCAACCCAGGUUCAAACCCAGCAUCCCAUAUGGUCCCCUGAUCCAAACCAGGAGUGAUCCCUG